ACCGCGACCUCCCCGGCCGUGUGCGAGCGACCUGCCCAACCUGGAGCAAGCCGCCGCCGGCGCGAUGGAUGCCACAUCUCUUCAAUAUGAGAACCAGAAGCUGGUGCAACAAUUGGAGGCACAGAAGUCUGAAAUGCAUAUAUUGGAGACCAAGUUCACGGAGUUGAGGAACGAACAAUCUUCUUAUGAUGAUACUCUGAUUUCUCUGAAUAAGAUGUGGAAUCAGCUGAUUGAUGAUUUAGUCCUGCUUGGAGUUCGGGUUGGUGGGGGUUUGGACAAUUUACAAGCGCUUGACCAUGAAGAUGUAUCAGAAGAUUCAGCUGAGUCGUGCCCUUCUGAUGAAAUAUUUCUCUUCAUGCUCUUGAAGUCAAAAAAUUCUAGAAAUAAUGACGGCAGUAGCCUGCUAAAAUUUGUUAAAGAAGCUCUUGCUUUGCGCCAUUCGGCAACUGUUGCUCUGAUGAGGUCCCUCCAAGAGGCUAUUGCUGCACAACAGGCUAGAAGUGAAUCUCUGUCAUUAGCUUUAAAUGGAGAAAAGUCAAAUGAGGGUAAAGAAAAUGUUAUUGAUGCCCUUCAAAACCAUAAUAAUUACUUGAAAGAGGUGGUUGGCAAUGUCCGUCAAGCUAUUUCUGUUGUCAAUGAGAAGCACAAAAGGUAUCUGGAUGAGAUCGAGGCUUUCAAAAACAACUACCCCGAAGAAUUACAGGAAACCAAGCGUCUUUCAGGUGAGCUAGAGGAAACCAUGGCAGAGCUUGAGGAAAGUCGACGGAAGUUGGUUAUUCAACAGUUGCAGAGACAUGGAGGUUUGCUAAUGAACGGAUCUGGUUCAAAUGGUGUGAAUGGUCUUUCAACUGAUAAGUCUUCAGACAAAAGCAUGGGCUGGGGAGAUCUCAAAGAUGCUGUUGAUGAGGCUAAGACUCUUGCAGCAAACCGCCUGUUUGAACUCCAUGAGACUCAAGAGGAUAAUCUGAUACUGUCUAGGCAGUUAGAAGAUCUUCAGGGUCAACUAAAAGACGAAAAAUACAUUUUCACUUCAAAACCAUAUACAAUUCUAAGCGAUCAGUUGCAUCAUCUGAAUGCUGAGAUAGAACGAUACAAGGGUCUGGUUGAAGUAUUACAGAAUGACAAGAACCAGUUUUUGCAAAGGGAGAAAGAAAUUUGUGCAAAAGGAGAAUCAGUCGACAAUAUUAAACAAUCCAGUACCACUUGCGAGGCCAAAAUUGAAGAACUGGAAAAUCAGAUUCUGAAAUUCAUGGCUGAGAAGAAUGAUCUUGAGAUCAAGGUUGAGGAAUCCUUGCAAGAUUCAGGUAAAAAAGACUUCAAGGAUGAGAUUCAUGUCAUGGCUGCCGCACUCUCCAAAGAGAUGGAAAUGAUGGAGAAUCAGUUGAAUAGAUCAAAGGAUGCGGCUUCUGAAGCAGUAGCAUUACGUGAAGAAGCUGAAUCCUUAAGAAUCCUGUCAGCUAAGAAGAUCAAUGAACACAAGGAGAUAUCUGAUAGAUACAACACACAACUCACUGAGAUCAAGUCCCUCAAAGCAUUGAUUGAGACGUUGGAAAAUGAUAAGCAGAAGUUGGAAUACAUUGUGGAUAUGUAUGGGAAAGAAUGUUCUGAGUCGAGGACAAUUGCAGAGAUCAAGGAAUCAGGAAACCAAGCUCGGAAGCAGGCUGAAUAUUUGAGAACUAGUCUAGAGGAGCAUAGUCUUGAACUUCGUGUAAGAGCAGCAAAUGAAACUGAAACUGCAUGCCAGCAAAGGCUUUCAUUUGCUGAAGCAGAACUAGAAGAAUUAAGGACCGAGGUAGAUGCAUUCGAAAGAGAUGUUCUGGAACUCAACGAGGCAAUAAAGAUUAAAGAAGCUGAAGGAGAUGCUUAUAUCUCUGAAAUUGAGACAAUUGGUCAAGCAUAUGAAGACAUGCAGACACAAAAUCAGCAUCUUCAGCAACAGGUUGCCGAUAGAGAUGAUUUUAACAUUAAGCUAGUAUCAGAUAGUGUGAAGACAAAGCAGGCCUCUGCAUCCCUUCUCUCUGAAAAGCAUUUGUUACAGAAGCAACUCCAUCAAGUUAAUAGUUCACUGGACUCAUCUAAACAAAAAAUUGCCCGUGGUGAAGAGCAGAUGAAAUCCUAUGUCGCGCAAGCUAUAAAAACUUCUUUGGAGAACAGGCAUCAUGUGAUUAACCUUGAAAAGACUCUGAUGGAGGUGUCUGACACAGAGAAGGAGCUCAAGUGGCUUCGAUCCACCGUUGGAUCAUCUGAGAAAGAAUACGAGCUAAAUCAGAAAAAGAUAGCUGAGCUAAGAGUGGAGCUAGAGCGCGAGAGAGGCGAGAAGAGAAAGCUAGAGGAAGAAUAUGAAGAGGUGAAAAAUGAAGUCAUGGAGCUGACUUCUGAAAACGAAGAGGCUACUAUUCAGAAGCUUCAGGAUGAGAUUAAAGAUUGCAAGGCUAUUCUCAAGUGUGGUGUGUGCUUUGACCGACCAAAAGAGGUUGUGAUCACCAAAUGCUUCCACCUAUUCUGCUCACCAUGUAUCCAGAGGAACCUUGAGCUCCGCCACCGAAAAUGCCCAGGUUGCGGCACCCCAUUUGGGCAAAACGAUGUGCGAGAGGUGAAGAUCUGAAAUCCGUGAGGUUGGCUCUAAUGACAACCUACUGGUGUAUGCUUGUAACUUGUAAUUAUGUAGUUUAUGUUUCUCGUGGGGGCGCUUAGAUCGAGCACUCAUAGGCCUUCCUGCAAAAAGUGAAAAUGUAACAAAGCGUUGUAGCUUCUGUGAUGUGUGUCUGAGUGUAGGAUAUGUGGCUUUACAUGAGGCUAUUGCUAAGCUGUUUUCAGUUGUGUUUGUACUUUGUAGUGAACUGGGAGUAAACAAGAAAUGAAUAGAAGGUGAAGUUUUGUUUCUUUUCGAAA